UAAAGAAGAUAAGAGAUUAUGCAUUCAUUCGUUUUAGCGACAAAGAUGCUGCUAUCAAGGCCAUGGCUAAACUUAAUGGAAUGAAUGUUGAAGGUGCUUACAUUGAGGUUGCAUGGGCAAAAGGAAGAGAGCAGAACCGACACUUGGGUGAGGUUGAUAGAGCAUACAACAGAGGCUCGGAAGCGUUGAAAUCUUGGAAGCAGAAAGAAGUAUCAUCUGUCAGGUGUGUAGAAAUAUUGAAGGCCUUGGACUGCCACUUGGGUGAGGUUGAUAGAGCAUACAACAGAGGCCAGGAAGCGUUGGAAUCUUGGAAGCAGAAAGAAGUAUCAUCUGUCAGGGCUAAUCAGGACUGCCACUUGGGUGAGGUUGAUAGAGCAUACAACAGAGGCCCGGAAGCGUUGGAAUCUUGGAAGCAGAAAGAAGUAUCACCUGUCAGGGCUAAUCAGGACUGCCACUUGGGUGAGGUUGAUAGAGCAUACAACAGAGGUCAGGAAGCGUUGGAAUCUUGGAAGCAGAAAGAAGUAUCAUGUGUCAAGGCUAAUCAGGACUACCACUUGGGUGAGGUUGAUAGAGCAUACAACAGAGGCCAGGAAGCGUUGGAAUCUUGGAAGCAGAAAGAAGUAUCAUAUGUCAGGGCUAAUCAGGACUGCCACUUGGGUGAGGUUGAUAGAGCAUACAACAGAGGCCCGGAAGCGUUGGAAUCUUGGAAGCAGAAAGAAGUAUCACCUGUCAGGGGCUAUGGCUAUGAUCCUAGUUACUCGCCUCCAUUGUAUUACAACCCGAUGUCUCCACCACCCGCAAGCAGGGCGUUGGCAGGGCGAGGUCCCAUGGGCAUCAGAAGCCCUGUGCGAGGCCGAGGGAUGAUGCUGAGGGGGUGUGGCUUUAGGAAACAUCCAGCGGAGGUGCUCGAUGACCUUUGUCAGAAGAAUGGAUGGGGAAGUCCUGUAUACCAGCUUCAUUCUCUCAUGGGAAGGGGUGGAAGUGGUGCCCAACAGCUCUUAGAGCUCUUUUUGUACAAGAUCACCAUACCAGCUCUCGGUACUCAGUUUCCAAAUCGUAAUCCAUUUACCCCAAAUAAACUGUGUCCUACUGUUGAGGGGGCAAAGGUUUUUGCAGCAGAGUACACUUUGAUGCAGUUAGGUGUGCCUCUUGAAGCCCUAGAGUUCAUUAGCCCACCAUGUCCUUACACCCAGCCGAGCUAUGCCAACCACCCCGACCCACCUGUGGAACGCUUCCAACAGAUCCUGUGAAAAGCCAUGGAUGACCUGGUUUUUUUCUGUUUUUUUUCUCUCAUUUCUGAUAACCAAUAUGACCCUGGGCUAGAAAGGGGCGUGACCUUGGACGAGAUGCCCGUAUCAGAGUGGACUUGUUAAAUGACUUCUUCCUUCUUCGAAUCUUCUUGUUCCCGGAGUUGUAACGGGUCACAUGUGAUGUAAAAUAUCAGAUGAAAACUGAUGAAUAUCAGAUGAAUAUAAAACACGUAUUCUAUUAAUCCCACAUAAAAUUAGCAUUAGACUAACAGUAUAUUAUGUUGAAUAUGGCAGAAUAUUAUAUUGUAAUAACACAAUACAUUCCAGCAUCAUUCAGAUCACAGAUUUUCUGUUAAAAAUAACAGAUUAAUUUUUCGAAUGUAUACCUUCUGCUAUUGUAGGAACUUAACUUUAUACAGAGGCUAGGUCUCUUCGAUGGUCAUUUGGCAAUCUCUACUAAUAGAGCCAGACAUUUUGACACCUGCUUUGACAGGUCUUUUCAAAGUCAAAUUAGCUGUUCAGCACACCCAUUUAUCAUUUAUUUUCAAUAUCAUUUUUAUCAUUUACACGUAUGGGCUUUGUUAGGUUCCCCAUAGCAAGUACUGCAAGUUUAUGUUUCGGUAUAUCCUUUUGUAUUUCAGAUUUUUGAUAGAAAAGAAUAAAACAUUGAAAAAAGAAUUUUUUUA